GGGUGAACUACAACAGAGCAUGCGCAGCCCUGUUCAAAAUGUCGUCCUGGGUGAAGAGCGAAAUGUAAUGUUUUCCAUGGAUCGCAAUGACAAAACACAUUUUAGAAAACAAGUAAACGUGGUUUGUGCUAACCGCUGCCAGUAUGGCCUCCCAAAACUCAAUAGGACCUGCUUUGCCCCCCAACUUUAAAAACGCGGACGAUUCUGAUGAUGAACGUGACUUUGCUGGUCCCGCUUUGCCUCCUGGUUACAAACGAAGAGAACAGUCCAGCUCGUCAGAUGAAAAUGAAGAAGUGAUCGUCAAAAGACUCAAGACGUCUGAAGACAAGCAUGCAGAAGUGGAGAAGACAAAAGCAGAAGAUGACGAUGGCUUCUUUGGACCAGCAUUGCCACCAGGUUUUUGCAAGAAACAGAGCUCGCCAGAAAGGCCACCUGUGCUGGGACCAGUUUUGCCUCCAGGGUUCCGCCGUGCAGUGAAUGAUGACGACGAGGAUGAAGAGGGUUUCUCUGGGCCUGCCUUGCCACCCGGCUACAAGGCGGACUCCCUCAGUAGCGAGGAGGAGGAUGACUUGAUUAUUGGACCCAUGCCAUCCGACGGUCCAGUUCAAAAUACAGUGGCUCUGGACAUUGAACGCAGAGCACGAAUAAUGAAAGACAAGCUGACUAAAGUUGAUGUUCCAGAGGCGCCAACCCGAGACACUUGGAUGACAGAGCUUCCACCAGAACUACAACAUAUCGGUUUGGGGGCUCGCACUUUCAAGAAGAAGUCAGGUCCGGAGAAGGGUGACCGCUCCAUUUGGACCGACACACCUGCAGACACAGAGCGCAAGGCCAGGGAGCGCCUCGAGAAAAAAAAGACAGGGGAGACUGAGAAAGAUUCUGCUCCACAAAUCUCUCGAACGGAUUUGGAAAUGGCGGACAAAGUGUCCAAAUAUAAUAAAACGAAACGCUCAGAGUCUCUGCUGAGUUUGCAUGCGAAGAACCUGAAGGAGAAAGCAAAGCAGGUGGAAGACAAGCCGGUGGAGAGAAGAGCGUUUGAUCGGGAAACUGACCUGAAGGUCAAUCGCUUCGAUGAUGCACAGAAGCAGCGCCUGCUGAAGAAAUCUCAGGAACUGAACACGCGCUUCUCCCACAGCAAUGAUAAGAUGUUCCUUUAAAGACUGUGUUUAUAGUCAAAUGUUGUCCACCAAAUAAAACACGGAAAUGGACAAUUAUUUGGAAGAUGAGGGCCGAGAGGCGGGGUUUGCAUUUUUUUCUAGGAGAUUAGUUUAAUCUAGUCAGUGUAAAAAUGUUAUGACUAAGUAACAUUUCUUCCCAUGCCAUUCCUUAAAAUGGAAACAUUGUAAAUGUAGUUUUAUUUUUUUCUGCUGUCAGUAAGAAAUAGUAAACAAUCGUUUCAUAUUGUUAUAAAGUAAUGUACACUCAAUGUAACUUCUGUAAAUGCUCGUGAUGUUAUUGCUGCGCUUCAAUGUCAUUUUAUACUAUACAUAAAAAACAUUUUAUUUUUUUAAUUCGAUAAGAAAAUUUACCAUUGAACUAAUGCUGUUGCCCAAGGGAACUCUGGAAAACACGAACUAGUGAAAUUAUAUCUACCGCAAAAAAAUCUGCAACAGACCCAAAUACGUCUCUUUAUGUUGUGUUUCAGAGAUUAUCUGUUUAUUAUUUUUUGUAAGAAAAUAAAGUGUUCAUUGUAUUGUGAAAUUA